AAUCCAUCGCGCUCAAACCUCCAAAAUCCAUCAUCACAUGUCUCAUCACCAAACUCCCACCAUGGCCGGGCCACGCAAACCCAAACCCGCGCCCCCAAAAGGCCCAUCAACAACCCUCGUCCUCGACAACGGCGCCUCCACCAUAAAAGCCGGCCUCGUCCACUCCUCCACGAUCCCCUCCGAGCCCCGAAUCAUCCCCAACGUGAUCGCCCGCGACCGCACGCGCAAAGUCUACGUCGCAUCCGAGCUAGAAAAGUGUCGCGACUUUGGCGAGAUACAGUUCCGAAGACCUGUGGAGAAGGGGUUUAUUGUAAAUUGGGAGGCGCAGAAGGAGAUUUGGGAUAGGGAGAUUUUUGAGAGAGAGCAGUUUGAGCCUAAGGAUGCGAGGCUGAUACUCGCUGAGCCGCCGAAUGGGCUGCCGAUUCUACAGGCGAAUUGUGAUCAGAUUGUUUUUGAGGAGUAUGGGUUUGAGAGUUAUUAUCGGGGGAUAGGGUCGACGUUUAACGCGUAUCACGAUGUGCAGAAUAUCUUUCGAACGCCACAAGAGGCUCCUACGGUCGCUAAUACCCCCGCCGAAGCUGUCAUGGUCAUUGACUCUGGAUACUCGCAUACAACCAUUACACCAGUACUUCGCGGCCAACCGUUACAAUCCGCGAUCAAACGACUAGAUGUCGGCGGCAAAGUCUUGACGAACUACCUCACACGAUUGAUCUCACUACGGCAUUUCGACAUGCGUAACGAUACACACAUUGUCAACGAGAUGAAGGAACUAUCAUGCUAUGUCUCCGCCGACUUCAAAGCCGAUCUCGAAAAGUCAUGGAAGGGAACGAGAGGCGAACGUCGACCAGAUUAUCUGUCCGGCGGCGGUAUCGCCAAGGAUUACAUCCUCCCCGAUUUCCACACGCGCUUCAAAGGAACUCUCGUCGACUACGAUCCCGCACGCCACUCCAAAGCCCGAAAACUAGCAGCCCAAUCCGAAGAAGACGCCCUGACCCUACGCAACGAGCGCUUCACCGUCCCCGAGAUCCUGUUCAACCCCUCCGACGCCGGUAUCCGGCAGCCCGGUCUCGCAGACCUCGUGUACGACUCUCUACAAGAACUGCCCAUAGGACUCUGGCCAGCGUUGCUAGCGAAUAUUAUCGUCGUUGGUGGGAACACGCAUUUUGAUGGGUUUAUUCAGAGGCUGCAGAAGGAGGUUGUGCAGCGGGUGCCGGAUGAUUGUAUCGUUAGGGUUGCGAGGCCGGCGGAUCCGGUGACGCAUACUUGGUUUGGGGGUGCGAAUCUGGCGUGUCAUGUGGAUAUUGAGAGGUUGGCUGUUACGAAGGCGGAGUAUGAGGAGCAUGGUGCUUCGUGGGUUGCGAAGAAGUUUGCCGCUGGGUUGGGGACGUGAGAGGACGGGGGGUUAAGGAACUUCUAUCAGAGUUGAGGAGUGGCCAUGCUUGAGGGCGCCUUCGUUGUCCAGGACGAGACACUUUCGCAGUUCUCUCAUCUUUAUCGGGGGGUUGAACUUGGUGGCAACAGGGCCUCACGUCUGGUCACAGAUUGGCAGAUCCUGCUCGAAUGAUCUGUCCCCAUGGUCAGCAGCGCUCCCAUAUCUCCAUCUCCUGCAGAACUCAGGUUCAACUGGGUAUGAGAUGAUGAUUGGGACGGGCCGGCUCUGCCAAUCUCACGCAUCACCCUAUGGAGUCUCAUUACGGGCUUCUUCUGAUGUUUCUGCAUCAAUAUGGCACUGAUACAUGUAUCAACGUUGUCGCUAGACGGCUUGCACUUCACAAACAUAACGACAGUCGCAAGCAAACUAGUACAUUACUGUAUCAUAGUCUACAUCUAAUAACAAAACGCCCGCCCAUGGUAUCACAAUUCCCAUCCCAUCCUUACUCAACAUGAAUCAUAACCUUACCACCACUAGACCCCUUCUUCAAGUGCUCAAAGGCCUUGUCCGCCUCCUUGAACCCAAACGUCGAAUCAAUCACAGUCUUGACCUUGCCCUCCACCAACCAAUCCCUCAGCUGAUCCAGAUCCUUCUUCUUGUUCGCAGUAGCAUACGUAGCAAACUUUGCCUUUACACCGCCCAGAAACGAAGGUCGUACUAGGUUCGUCGUUAAGCUGAGAACGCUCUUGGCUGAGACGUGACCGCCCACGAAGACAAAGCUGCUGCCGGGGAGGAGGAAGUUGUUUGAUGAAGCGUAGAGAUUGGGCGGUGCGUCACCCACGUUGUCGACGCAGUGGCUGAAGACUUGACCGCGCUUCUUGAGCUCGGCGAUGACAUCGCUGGUCUUGUAGUCGAUAAUAUCAUCCGCGCCUAAGCUUCUGCACAGCUCUGCUUUUCCAGUUGAGCACGACACUGUAACAGAACAUCCCAACACCUUGGCGAUCUGAAUACCCCAGAGUCCAACACCGCCCGAGCCACCGUUUAUAAACACCUUAUCACCACUCUUGACAUACGGCGCGAUACUCUGAUACGCCGUCAACCCCGCGGUGCCCACACCAGCAGCCUGAUCCAUAUCCAGACUCUCAGGUAUAACGCUAUACCCCUCCUUAUCGAGGAUCGUAUACUCGGCCAACGAGCCCCAAGCCUUCGUCGGCGACGCUCUAGCUAGAACAAAAUCACCCUCUUUCGCAUCGGCAACGUCUUGUGCGACGGAGACGACGCGGCCGCUGAGAUCCAUGCCUGGAAUCUUGGGGAAGGAGGUGAUGAGGCGGGAUGCGAGGCCGAGCUCGCAGACCUUGUAGUCGGCGGGGUUGAGGGCUGCGCUGGAGACUUUGACGAGGAUCUGGCCGGGCUUGAGGGUGCUUGGUUUGGGGAGCGUGGUGAGGCGGAAGACUUUUUCCAUUGGGCCUGGGUGGGCGACUUGCCAUGCUUGCAUUUCAGCCAUUUUGAGGUUAUGAUUGUAUUGUCGCGUCAAGAUACUAAUGUCGAGAUUGAUGUUGAGGUUGGUGGAGUUAUGGAGGAUGAAAUCACAUGGAAUAAAAGUCAAGACGUACGCAUCAUAGUAUAAGUAUCAAUGACGUCUUUUCCUGUGAGCGGCGGAAAAUAAAAAAUAAAUUGUUAAGAGUCAGUCUAGUGGAGAUGCCUUGGCUCAUGAGUCGGAAGAAAGACCAGAAAAAGACGAUUCUUAUGGGGGUAUUUCUACAUACG